GUGUGUGUGUGUGUCUGAUGGGUGGGUGGGUGUGUUUGACAUAUAGUAAAAAGAAGUCAAACAGGUCGCACCACUCUGCACACAGACGGGAUAUAGUCAGAUGGAAACUCAGUAGCAGCUAUUAAUCCUGCGUGUUAAUGUUUUAUUUUAACAACCAUCGACGUUGGAAAAGAUAAGAGAGAGAGAGAGACCAGGUAGCACAACAAGCCGCAACAUGACUGACAAUGAAUUCCUUCAGAGUGAAUAAAGGUGUGCUGUGACAAGGAGUUGUUAAAGGAAACGAGUCGAGGGGAGGAUUUAAACCGGCAUAUAAAUCAGUGGUGGACCUGUCUUCGUUUCCCAGAUUAAAGAGUGAAAUAUCUUUGGAUUAUUUUUGCGUCUUGCGUGCGCAAACUUGCCCUCAGCGGGCGAUGCCGGUGUCACUGUGGCGGACAGGACUGCUGCUCAGCUUCCUCACUUUGUGCGCCAGUGUGGAGGAAGAGUGCGUCCUUGGCAUAGUCGGACGGCCUGUCUCACUGCCUUGCUUUUACCCGGAAUUAAUAACCUUUGUGAAUAUUUCCAUUGAGUGGAGGAGAGACAGUGAAGUGGUGCUCAGAUCAGUGUGGGCAGAGGAUGGAAAUGUGGAGAUAUGCAGUAAGAACAGCGUCACAAUCUCAGCUGAUGCUCCAAUGACUGGAAACUUGUCUCUGAAGCUGCCCAAUGUUGAUGUCAAAGAGGACAAAACCUAUUAUAGUCUGUUCCUCAUAUCACCAGGAAAUCAAAGUGCUCCGCUGUGCACCGUGUGCCUCAGGACAGCAGCAAGUUACAGUUCCCCGUUGCUGCUGAGGGAGGAAGCAGCGCAGGGUGAUGAGACAUUCUUCUUGUGUCAGUCCAGCGGCGGCUUUCCUGAACCUGCUGUUUACUGGCUCAUCAACGACACACAGGAGCCCCCCGAAGGCUCAGUGAGGACCCUGGCGGCAUCACUCCCAGACUCCCGUCUCUACAACGUCACAAGCCACCUGACGGCCAACAUUUCCAAAGAUUCCAGCGUGUCGUGCAUCAUAGAGAACCCGUCCAUGAAGGAAACCUUGUCGUCCACAAGCUAUGGAGAUCAGGGAGGCCCGGUGGUGAGUCGAGCAUCACAGGCCAUGUGGAUGUUCAGCACGGCUCUCUGUGUGGUGGUUGGGGUCAUGGUGGCGGCAGGAGUGGCCUAUCAGAUCCACCUGGACAGGAUGAGUAAGAAGAAGAAGGAACAAUACCAACACAGCCGUCCAGGCAGAGGAUACAGAAGGCGAAAUCUGUACAUGGAGGAAACGGAGGCGAUGAAGUCGGAACCAAAGGAGACUGAUGUGUAAUUUUUUAACUGGCGGGUUUCAAUCUGACACAACAGAGCACUGAUUUGUAAAUAUAUAUAUAUAUAUAUUUGUUGUGGUUCACUACUUAAGUAUUCCGUCUUGAGCUUUGGCUUUUUAAACAGAACCUGCCGAUAAUAAGUAUAGUCACUGUAAAUUAAACUGUUGACAUGUUUCAUCUCAUCCCCUAUCUUCAUUGUUUACUGGAAACUCCCUUCCAUUUCUCAGAGUGGAGUCUUUGUGUUUCAAGG